AACAAGUGUCCCGGAGCAAGACAAAGUUGGAAGAUCUUUGAACAAAAAAAACUGCUGAGUUUUCCAUCCCACCCUCAAGAAACAAAAGAGAAAUUCGUCAUUGUUCAAAAAUGGACAAGAAGCAAUUGCCUUUACCUGGGUUCUUAAAGAAAGGUCAACAAAUACAACUUCCAGAGAACACAGCUGCAACUAAUGACCAUGUAAGUGAAGGUGAUGAGAAUGUAGAACGAGGGAACUGGUCCUCGAAGGCUGACUACUUGCUCUCGAUGAUCGGUUACGCUGUGGGUCUGGGCAAUGUCUGGAGAUUCCCGUACCUGGCUUACAGAAAUGGAGGAGGCGCAUUUCUGAUUCCCUACAUAGUCAUGCUGACACUUGCUGGAAUCCCCUUGUUUUUCUUGGAGUGUUCCUUUGGGCAGUUUGCCAGCCUCGGGCCUGUGGCAGUGUGGAAAGCUGUGCCAAUAUUACAAGGUGUGGGAAUCACCAUGGUCCUAGUAUCGACAUUUGUGACCAUUUACUACAACUGCAUUAUCGGAUACAGUCUGUACUACCUGUUUGCUUCCUUCCAAUCGCCCCUGCCGUGGGCAGACUGUUUCAGUUGGUGGGGAGCAGAUGAAAAAUGCAGCAGGACUCCCAAAGAUCCACUCUGCAAUCUCACUCUGAAUGAUGGAUAUUUUGAAAUUGUUAAUACAACAUGGCUGCAGACAAACAAUGAAACUUGUCCAAAUGGAUCAGAAAUCUCCAUUCCUCACCAGGGUCCGAGUGAGCAAUACUGGGAUAGUGUGGCUUUGCACCGUAGCAGCUCAAUAGAUGAGACUGGGCCGGUAGUCUGGUAUUUAGCCCUCUGUCUGCUGCUAGCCUGGAUUAUAGUUGGGAUAGCACUAUCUAAAGGAAUCAAAUCUUCAGGAAAGGUGGUUUAUUUCACUGCAACAUUCCCUUAUCUGGUUCUCAUCAUACUUCUGAUCCGAGGUGCUACUCUGGAUGGAGCCUAUAAAGGAAUUGAAUACUACAUUGGAUCCCAAUCAAACAUCACUAAAUUGAGAGAUGCUGAGGUCUGGAAAGAUGCUGCCACACAGAUUUUCUAUUCACUGUCAGUCGCUUGGGGAGGUUUAACAGCACUGUCAUCCUACAACAAAUUCCACAACAACUGUUAUACAGAUGCCAUCAUUGUCUGUAUUAUUAAUUGUGCUACCAGUGUGUUUGCUGGGUUUGCCAUCUUCUCCAUUCUUGGACAUAUGGCUCAUAAACAAGACAAGCUUGUUUCAGAGGUUGCCCAGUCAGGUUUCGGUUUGGCUUUCAUUGCUUACCCAGAGGCCCUUGCACAGUUGCCAGUGGCACCUUUAUGGUCCAUUUUAUUUUUCUUCAUGUUGGUCACUCUGGGACUGGAUAGUCAGUUUGCAAGUAUAGAAACAAUUAUAACAACCUUGCUGGACCAGUUCCCUAACUUUCUACGAACAAAACGCAUUUUUGUGACAUCUGGCGUGUGUUUGAUAUUUUUUUUCUUGGGCCUUGUAUGUGUAACACAGGCUGGGAUUUACUGGAUCAAUUUAAUUGACCACUUCUGCGCUGGAUGGGGAAUUCUCGUUGCUGCGAUUGCAGAACUUGCCGGAAUAAGUUGGAUCUAUGGAAUAAACAGAUUCAUCAAGGACAUUGAGAUGAUGAUUGGGGAAAAGAAUUGGGUCUUCUGGCUGUGGUGGAGAGCAUGCUGGUUUUUUAUCACCCCAUGUUUGUUAAUGGCAAUCUUAAUCUGGUCCUUAGUGACAUUUGUACCACCAACUUAUGGAAAAAUAGAAUACCCUGUUUGGGCGACAGCACUUGGCUGGUGUAUGAUCAUCUUCAUUAUUUUGUGGAUCCCUGUUGUAGCCAUUGUGAAAAUUGUCCAAAGCAAGGGCUCCAAUUUAUGGCAGAAAAUUGUUGCAGCUUCCAAGCCAACUCCAGACUGGGGCCCGUACUUGAAACAACACAGAGGAGAAAGAUAUGACACGAAUUGGGACUCAACACAAACUGGCAUUCCUGAGAUGGCAAAAAUGUAAGGAACAUUUUCAGUUCCAUUGACACAUCACCCAAGUUAAAUUUAAAAAUGCAUAAUGCCUCUGGAAUUUUGCCAGCAUGGAUCGCUUAGUAGAAAUUUGGACUUCCGUUUCAAUAGCAAAUCAUAUGGAGCAGACGGCUGAAUUCCCUUUAAGGACUCCAGUGAGCAAGGCUCUGUAUUUGAAGUAUGCAUUCAUAAAAUUGCCCUUUUUACCGUUUCACUCAAAAUAUGUUGGCCAGAUUUUCUGACGAUCAGAUGGUCAUUUCUGUAGCAUGGAUGGGAUUUGCUCAGGGGGACCCUGCAGACCACCUGAGGUAGCACUCUCAAGGGACAUUGAAUAUUUUAAUGGAUGAUUUUCCAAUGCAUGGAACACUCCAAAGAUGUCCAUUAAAUCAGAGAAUUCAGAGGCCAUCACUGCUGUUAAGUAAGUGGUCACCGAGAAAGUGUUAGAGACAGACAGACAGACACACGCGCGCGCACACACAAACACACAUCCCUUCUGUUAGACUGGGAUAGAACAAAUACCAAUUUGACUGUGAUUAUCACUCCUUGGAAAGUCCAACUCUGUCUAUAGCAAUACUUAAGGAGGAAUGAGGAAGUUUAAACAAAGACUAAGGCUUUUUUAAGUCUGAAUGAAGUAAACUAGAUUUAUUUUUUUCCCAAAAGUACUUCCUCUCCUUCUUCCAAUUCUGAUAGAAAGAGUAGUGAUUUAUUGACGGAAUAUCAGUCUCUGUGGAGUUAAUUCAGGAAGCAAUUAUUAUUAUUUCUUUCUUGUAUUCCAAACAAUAAUCUACUAGGAACACAAAUACAAAUUGUGUAAUUAUCUCAAAUUAGAGGCCAGAAUUAUUCACUAGUAGCCUGCACAUGCCGAAGGGAUCAGUUUGGUGUUUCACGUAAAAUUAAAUACAUCCCAUAAAUACUUUGCUUGUAAAUUUUUGGCAUUCUUUUUCGAUGAGGAAGAAUCCACCUUCUUUUAAUCAUAGUUAAGGAGUUGUCAUAAUAUCAAUGGACUGCUCUGAGAUACAAGAAGUAUUUGCAGUUCCCUGCAGUUGAAAGCUCGGUCAAAUGCCAACCCAAUGCAUCAGACGAAGAAAAGCACAGUUUGAUUUCUUCAGUCACUGUCACACAAUGCAGCGGUGCUUGCUGUGUUAACAUAUCUAAUCCACAGUUACAAUUCAACUGAACGAACAUCCAAAUAUCAGAGUCCGUCAUAUACAGAUUAGGAACAGGUAUGGGCUAUUCGAUCCCUUCAACCUACACUACCAAUCGAUAAGACCAUCUGAUUGUUGCCUGAACUGCACUUUCCUGUCUACCUCUGGUGCCACGUGACACCCUUGGUUCUUGACAAUCCAUCUACCUCUGCCUUAGAAAUAUUUAGUGAGCCUGCUUCCACUACUCUCUGUGGAAGAACAUUUCACAGCCUCACAACCCUCUCUGAGGGAAAAAAUUUUUCUAAAUGCCCAUCUUACAUCAGAGGCUGCUUAUUUUUGAACUGUGUCCUCAAAUUGUAGUCUCCCCCACAAGGGAAACAUCCUUUCUCAAGGGUGAAUUAAAAAGAUCUCCUCUUCAUUGUCCCCUCAGGAUCUUAUGUUUCAAUAAGAUCACCUCUCAUUCUUCUAAGCUUCAAUGGAUACAGGCCCAACUACAGUAUCCAACUUGUCAACAUAAGCGAGCUUCCUGAUCACAGAAUACUCAAAAUAUUCAAAGUAAGAAUGGAUAUUAAGUAAGAAAUUACAAAUCCCUACAAAAUGAUUUAAUAACACAGGUCAAAGCAAGUUGCAGUCAAGUUGUGGUGAUCAGAGAAGUGAAAUUAGUUUAGGUUUAUGUAGCAUAGAACAAGGACUGACAACAUGGCAAUAUGGCUGCCAAUGAUUCUGUAAUUUCCCAUGGAGGUAUGGGCAACUAACUAUGUUAUUAAUUGUGACCUUCAAAAAUGUGCUACUAGGGUAAGGCUCAAGGAAAGAAUAAAGAAUGACAUCGACCUGUUGGGUUGAAGACUGUGUUUCUGUGUUAGAUUCUAUUACAUUUAUAAAAUAAAAUAAUUUUAACUCA